AUGAUGGCAGGACUCGCAGCCCAGGAUUAUCAGCUGGAAAUAAGACAACAGCCCAAGGCAGGCUGCGUGGCUCUCACGAAAGGAAAAGAUCGCCGACCACUGGAUCCUCCUCCAAUCGUCCAGCUCAAGGUCUCGCCGAGGUUGGAUCCCACCCAGAGGUUUCUCCAGAAUCCUUACCUUAUCCUCAUCGCCAAACUGGUUCCCAAGGAUGGCGAAAAUGAUGAGCAACAACGGCGAACCGAAACCAAAGGGGGCGACUUGGCCGGGACAGUCGUCUCCUCUCUCUACAACCUCAAGGAUACCGAUAAUACCCAGGGUGGAUUUUUUGUGUUUGGGGAUUUGUCAGUGAAAAGAGAGGGCUCUUUUCGACUCGAGUUCACCCUCUUCGAGCUCAGAUCACAGACCAAAGACUGCUGGCAACUCUCCAGCUGCAUUUCGGACACUUUCCAGGUUUAUGCCAACAAGGCCUUCCCUGGAUUGCAGGAAUCGACAUUUCUGACCAGGACCUUCAGCGACCAGGGUGUCCGGCUACGGUUACGAAAGGACUCGAGGACGGUUGUUCAGAGCAGAAAGCGCGGUGCCAGCGGUGCGCCCCAGGUUGACAUGAAGCCGCAGUCGAUUGGUUACAUGCAUGGUGGAAACCACGACUUGAGUCCCAAUGGCCAGCAGCACCACGGCAGAAGGACUAGCGCUCUGGAGUUCGAUAAUGGAAGCUACGACUUUGGAUAUGACCCCCGAGGCGGCAAGCGCAUGCGACACAACAGCUCGGCCGGCAAUCACCCCGGCUACGACAGCGGCUAUUACACCCAUCAUAACCCAAACCCUAGGACGAUACCAGAGCCCAUGGUGUCGGCUGCCUUUUCCAACGGCAUCCCCAUGACUACCAGCUACCCAGUGCAUACACAGCCUGCCAUCUCUGGAAUCUCUAUGCGCCCUAGUAUGGCAGCUUUCCCGCCUCUGCAUCCGCUUGACACGCAGAUCUCGCCACACUCUGCCGGCCCGAAUUCAGCAUCGUCAACCUUCUCUCCAGGCACGAGCUUCUCUCCAGGCACGAGAAGGUCUCCCCUCUCAGCAUACCAAUACCCGAACACACAUCACAACAUCUAUGGCUCGCCCACUCAUAUGAAUUACCAGACGACUUCAGCACAGCAGCCAAUGGCUCAGCAUGGUGACAUGGGGUUGUCACUUCCACUCCCAGGUAUUGACCUUGGCGACAUUGAGAAAUAA